UUUCGGUAAUGGCAGCGCUGUGAGGACGGAGCGGGGCAGCGACCGCGGCCGAGGGCAGCAGCGAGGGAGGCCGGGCGGGGGUCGCCGACUCGGGCCCCGGGCCGCCAGAUUGACACUAAAGCCCCACAAUGUCCUUGAAACCACGAGUAGUUGACUUUGAUGAAACAUGGAACAAACUGCUAACAACGAUUAAAGCUGUUGUUAUGUUGGAUUAUGUUGAAAGAGCAACGUGGAAUGAUCGCUUCUCAGACAUUUAUGCUUUGUGUGUGGCUUAUCCCGAACCUCUUGGAGAGAGACUUUAUACUGAGACUAAAAUUUUUUUGGAGAAUCAUGUACGCCAUUUGCACAAGAGAGUUCUGGAAGCUGAAGAACAAGUACUGGUUAUGUAUCACAGAUACUGGGAAGAGUAUAGCAAAGGGGCAGACUAUAUGGACUGUUUAUACAGGUACCUCAACACACAGUUUAUUAAGAAGAACAAAUUAACUGAAGCUGAUCUUCAGUAUGGCUAUGGAGGGGUGGAUAUGAAUGAACCAUUGAUGGAAAUUGGAGAGCUAGCUCUUGAUAUGUGGAGAAAAUUAAUGAUUGAGCCACUGCAGGCCAUCCUUAUUCGUAUGCUCCUCCGAGAAAUAAAAAAUGAUCGCUGUGGAGAAGACCCAAACCAGAAAGUAAUCCAUGGGGUUAUUAACUCCUUUGUUCAUGUUGAACAGUAUAAGAAAAAAUUCCCCCUAAAGUUUUAUCAGGAAAUUUUUGAGUGUCCUUUUCUGAAUGAAACAGGGGAGUAUUAUAAACAAGAAGCUUCAAACUUAUUGCAAGAGUCAAAUUGCUCACAGUACAUGGAGAAGGUUUUAGGUAGAUUAAAAGAUGAAGAAAUGCGAUGUCGGAAAUACUUGAAUCCCAGCUCAUAUGGCAAAGUCACUCAUGAAUGCCAACAGAGGAUGGUAGCAGAUCACUUGCAGUUUCUACACGCAGAAUGUCACAAUAUUAUCAGACAAGAGAAAAGAAGUGACAUGGCAAAUAUGUAUACUCUGCUUCGUGCUGUGUCAAGUGGUUUACCUCAUAUGAUUCAGGAACUACAAAACCAUAUCCAUGAUGAGGGCCUUAGAGCAACCAGCAAUCUUUCUCAGGAAAAUAUGCCAACUCAGUUUGUGGAGUCAGUUUUGGAAGUACAUAGUAAAUUUGUUCAGCUGAUCAACACUGUUUUGAAUGGUGAUCAACACUUUAUGAGUGCCCUUGACAAGGCUUUGACAUCAGUAGUUAACUACCGGGAGCCCAAGUCGAUCUGCAAAGCACCUGAGUUGCUGGCCAAAUACUGUGACAACUUGUUAAAGAAAUCAGCAAAAGGAAUGACAGAGAAUGAAGUAGAAGACAAGCUUACAAGUUUCAUCACUGUUUUCAAAUACAUUGAUGACAAAGAUGUAUUCCAAAAGUUCUAUGCCAGAAUGUUGGCAAAAAGAUUAAUUCACGGUUUGUCUAUGUCUAUGGAUUCUGAAGAAGCGAUGAUAAAUAAACUAAAGCAAGCCUGUGGUUACGAAUUUACCAGCAAGCUCCAUCGAAUGUAUACAGAUAUGAGUGUUAGUGCUGAUCUCAACAAUAAAUUCAACAACUUUAUCAAAAACCAGGACACAAUCAUUGAUUUGGGAAUUAGUUUUCAGAUAUAUGUUCUACAGGCUGGUGCAUGGCCUCUAACUCAGGCUCCUUCUUCUACAUUUGCAAUUCCUCAGGAACUGGAAAAAAGUGUACAGAUGUUUGAAUUAUUUUACAGUCAGCAUUUUAGUGGAAGGAAGCUUACUUGGUUACAUUAUCUUUGUACAGGUGAAGUAAAAAUGAAUUAUUUGUGCAAACCUUACGUAGCCAUGGUCACAACAUACCAAAUGGCAGUGUUGCUUGCCUUCAACAACAGUGAGACUGUCAGCUACAAGGAGCUUCAGGACAGUACACAAAUGAAUGAGAAGGAACUGACAAAAACCAUCAAAUCUUUGCUUGAUGUCAAAAUGAUCAACCAUGACUCAGACAAGGAAGAUAUAGAGACAGAAUCUACAUUUUCAUUAAAUAUGAACUUCAGCAGUAAACGAACAAAGUUUAAAAUUACCACAUCAAUGCAGAAAGACACGCCACAGGAGAUGGAGCAGACCCGAAGUGCUGUGGAUGAAGACAGGAAAAUGUAUCUUCAAGCUGCUAUUGUCCGUAUCAUGAAAGCACGCAAAGUGCUGCGACAUAAUGCUCUUAUUCAGGAGGUAAUUAGCCAAUCAAGAGCUAGGUUUAACCCAAGUAUCAGCAUGAUUAAGAAGUGUAUUGAAGUCCUGAUAGACAAACAGUACAUAGAGCGAAGCCAGGCCUCUGCAGACGAAUACAGUUAUGUAGCAUGAUGUGCUAUCCUGCAGGUAUGAUUGUAAGGAGAUCAUUGCUGUCACUGUUUGGUGUGUUCCUGUGGGAAGAGGCAGGCCUGUGCCUCCAUAAUUGGUCACUUGGCAGCCCCUGUUUUUCUGCUGUUUACAACAUCACCAGUGCCAUGUCAUGAGCGUCAAUGAAAAUGCCUAUAGAUAUUUCAAGCUCAUGUCAUUACGACAUUUCUUAAAACUUUACUAAAAGAAUGAGUGAAGUAUUGCUGAAAUGUGGAGAAUUGGUUGGGUACCAUGCUUUUUUUUCCCCCCCCUCCUUCCCUUUCACGUUUGCAGUUGAUGUUUUUUAAUGUAUCUUAAGACAAAGUAAAAAAAAAAUCACACAAAAAACCUAAAUAUUGUAAUAUGACAGAUAACCUAAUAAUUGUAUCUACAUUAAAAUGUAAAAAAAAUGACGAACAUGAUACUGCUGCUUGUCAAAUAAAAAAAUAAAGUUA